AUGCACAUCGUUUCCAAAUGUGAAGAUAUUGGAGAAGAUUACAAUGAUACUUAUCAAUUUUAUGACAUAUCUCCAUCUUGGAUGUAUCAAAUCAACAAUCAAACUUACAGUAUUGAUGGAACAUUGGGCCAAACGGGUUCUGAUUUUCUUGUAUUCCCAAAAACGGCUAUAAAGCCUGAAAAAUGUUCUGUUCACUCUAUUAAGAACUGUACAAAGAGAACAAUUGAAAAAUAUCUCAACGCUAAAAGCACUUCAUUCGUUAGACAACUAUCCGGCGGUGUUGCAGUUUACGGAACGUUCAAGGUUUACGGAACAGUUUACGGAACGUUCAUUGCAUUAUUUUUUCCAAAAACGAGUGUGAUUUUCAGAAGAUACUUGAUUUACACGAGCAUCGAACUGCUACCGAUUAUAUAA